AUGCCUCUUCCUGGUUAUUACACAAGUGUUGCCAAAUUGACAAACAAAUUGGGGGAGCCGCUUUAUGAGUGGAAAUGGGCCGUCAGAAUGACAACUGGAAACAACGAGCAAGACAUUUAUCUGCGAAAAACACCCAUUGAAAAGGUGUUUCCCACUCUUGGCUGGGAAAUUCCAACCUACCAAGAGUUUGUUCAGAAUUUCAAAGACCUAAAAUCUUCAAAGUAA